GGACUAUAACAGCAGGAACUUCCUAAUAAUUGUGGAGGUUUGGAAUACAAUAAAAUAGAAAUCCCUUAUUGUCAUUGCACAACAAAAUUAAAUAGCAAUCCUGACGGUGAUUACACAUCUAUUACAAAUAAAGAAUAUAAAUAGAAAAUAUGUAUUUGCUUGACCUAUAAAAACAGUAAGGUAUUGCACUUCGGAUAUUGCACAUUGCUGAGUUGUAUUGGUUUGGAAGUUACAUGAUGAUAUGAUGAUGAUUAACACAAUAGUUUAUAACUGACUGCAGCAGAAAGUAGCAGUAGGGAUAGUAGUAGUAGUAAUAGUACAUAUAUAACAGUAGUAAUGAUGUAGCAGGAGUAGCAUCAGUUGUUUCUAUUGGUAAAAGUUGUUGGUGGCAGCAACAGUAGUAGUUAAAUGUGUACAUAGUGGGCCACGUAUUUCAGUAUUAUAUUAUUAUUGUUACUUAUUGGCAAUUUAUGUACAUUAGUCAAAUUUAUAAAGCUUAAUUUCCUGUUUUUUGUUUGUUUGGACAGCCUGAGCUACUGUAAGAGCUCUGCUGCAGUUCCCCCCUCUGCCUAAGUGGUGGUUAAAGCUGCCUGCUGUUCUGCUUUCAACCUCUAGAGGGAGCUAAUGUUCAUUGUUACAUCUGGUGGGACCAUGCACCAAAAACAUCCCAAAUAUAACAUAGUAUAUACUCUUAGAACACAAAUGUUUGUUUUAUCUGUAUGCAAUUGUAUUUUAGCUCUGAUAAUUUUCAUGCUUAAGACUUGAAAGUAUUCUGUUUAGAUGAGAUUAUGAUCUUCCUUUACGACUGAAAUCAGUUUUAAAUUAAAGAUGAAUUCAAACUAAAUGAUAUUCAUCAUAUUACAGGUGGGAUGAAAUGACUGGGACAAAAAUCAUAUAGUAUAACACCUAACUCUGAGGCAGAAUGAAUCUUAUUUGAACAGCCAUUCAUAUCCAAAUCAUUAUAUGAACUGCUAUGCCAACUUAUCAAAAUAAACAGUAUUAACCUAUUACUAAUUUAACUGAAGAAACUGGCAACGCCCUUAAGUACUUUGGGAACCACUGAUUCUCCAUAUCGUCAUAUUAUUUGUCUAGUGAAAACAGCUUUGUAUGAAUGCAUCUGUCUCUUGAGAGUAAUUUAAAGUGUAUGCUGUUCUGAGCAUGUAUAGGAGUUUCACUGGUGUUUAAGGGACUAUUUCACAAUAAGGCAUAAUUAUCAAGUGGUGAUGAGUAAUCAGUAAUGACUUUACAAAUGUAUGAAAGAGGUCCUUAUGACUAGAAAUGGAGCUCCUGGAAAAGACAAAUACAUAUGACCUUGUUAAUGGCAAAGAAUACACAACAAACCAGAGGAAUCCUUCAAUUAGUUCACAACCUUGAAACCAUAAAACAUGUUUAUUCUUGCAGUAUAGUUUGCAUGAAGUAUAAUGGUAUCGUUAUUUAGAAUAAUAACACUGGUCUAUGUCGCUGUGACAUCCACUCUGCUGUUUCUCUCUGUUGUGUUGCAUUAGAGCAGAUAAGUUAUUGAUCCCCAUCUAGCACUCUGCUGCUGCAGAAAGGCCAGCAGCCUCCAGGGAGAGGACUGUAUAUGUGAGCUCUUUGUCCUUCCUCUGUCCUCACAGCCUUUCUUUUCUUCCUCAUCACCUCGCAUCCCUUACCUCCUCUGAUCUACUCCCCUUAUUUCAUUUUCCCCCUCAUUCACUCUCCAUCCCGUCUGAUCCCCCACCUCCCCAUCUCCCCGCCUCUCCUUUUCUGUGCAUCCCUCUAUCUCCUCUCUCUCUGUGUCCAUAUGUUUAGCUCGUCUCUUUCUGUGCCUUCAAUGAGCUGCCUGUCCUGCAGUAAAAAGCCGGGGGAAUGAGUGGGGCUCGCAGAAUGCAAGAGUUCAAAUACUUCAGGGAUGGAGCGACGUUGGUGAUUUCACUGGAUGGUUUGAAUUGGCUUUCUAAAAGGAGAUGCAGUGACAAAGGAAUCAAGAAAAGGGAUGAAGACCUCCAGCUGCUGAUACCUUCAGGUCAGAUGAUGCAGACUGAUGAAGAGCUGCAGGCGAUCACCUGCAUCCUUCAUCAAAGAGGAAGUUCAGCCCCUCAGUUAUGGAGGAGCAGUGACUGCGGAUCAAGCUUGGUAACGCGGCCACCACUCUUCUCUACCUCCCCUCGACGUCGUUGUCUUCCGGAGGAGCCCGCACAUCACUCAUCGGCACUGACUUCUUUAGCUUCUUUUGCCCCAUGGACAAGACUUGUUUUAAACAUGCAGGACAUUUUCAGUUUGAUCAAAAACUAUUUAAACAUUGUUACCAAGCAGUACACUGUGGGUCAGCACAAUAGGUUUAUCAUAUUCUGUGAUGAGGACAUACCACUACUACGUUUUGGUGACAUUUGCUACACCGAGGAUUGUAGGACGUCUAUAGGAGAGGAUACCGGUUGGCACAGCAGUGAUAUCAACAUGUUAAGUGAUUUGAAAAACUCCACUGCCCUCGAUCCCAACGCCAACAACUGUAACGGGAAUCAACAUGAACUGGUUAGAGACAAUUUUAACAACCCUAAAAGUCUUCUGAAAUCCUGUCAAAUCUACGACGCUCCAGGAGUUUUGCCCGGGAGGGACGCGAGUGUGAAAAGGAGGAAGAGUGUGUCCUUCGAUGACGAUGUCAUGGUCUACCUGUUUGAUCAGGAGACUCCCACCGUGGAGCUGCACUCUGAGGCCUGCACAUCUCCGCCAGAUGUCACAUUAGAAGACAGUGGUACUAUUUUAAAGGACGAUGCCAGCUUGGAGUGGGAAGACGACUUCUCAGCUUUGGAGAAGAACUGCCAUUUUCAGCAACACGCCCCGUCCCUGCCGACACAGACCAGCCCUGCUCUGUCCCGGCGCUUCUUUCUGUCCCAAACCUGCCUGUUCCUCACCCAUAUCACCGAGUCAGACCUUGAGCUGUGAGAUAAAAGGGUUAUUUAAACACACAUAUUGAGUUGUAGGUGCUCAUUUUUAUGGUCAAACGCAGCCUUUUCUAUGACAUCGUCUGCCGUCAGCCAAAGGCCACCUCACUGUCACCAUGGUCUAAUGUGACAUCCACACUUGUUUUUCUUUCAAGCAGCCAGCCUUGGCUUAAUGGAAAAACUUACUAAUCGAGCAGCUCUCGUCCUCUUCACCUCCAACUCAUCUCCCCACCUCCUCCCUCCUCUUUUAUGAUGAGUCAGGGAUUUUAAUGGCUUUUUUUUCUCUCUCUCAAUCUGCUCCAAAUGGAUUCAAAGCACCUGCCGUUCAUGACAUCACGGCCACGCAGGACUGUGUGACAGUGCAUUCAGCUUUCACAGUUGUUGGUUAUGACAAGAGCACUGGCUAUGGCGUGUUGCAUAAACAGUGCUGUGCAAACCUCUUUGGGAAGCUGCUUUUCAUGAUUUUGUCCUCGGAUCUGAGCCGUAAAAUAGAAACAUAAAUAUUGUCAAUUCCAAUAAAUUUAAUUUAAUAAAUUGUCA